GACUGAGCCUUGGAAGAGAGUGCGGAGCCCCGGAGCCGUGACCGGGCUGAGGGAUGGGGAAGUGUGUGUUUGUCACCGUGGGGACCACCAGCUUUGAUGAGCUCAUCACCGUCAUCUCCUCUGAUCGCUGUACAAGUAUCCUCCGAGAACUUGGGUACAACAGAAUGAUUCUUCAGAUUGGAAGGGGAACAGUGGAGCCAGAGCCAUACAGUACACCUAAUUUUACUAUGGAUGUUUUCCGAUAUAAAGAUUCCCUUGCCCAAGACAUUAGGAAUGCAGAUCUAGUUAUAAGCCAUGCAGGUAGAGGUGCUGGAAGCUGCUUAGAAACACUUGAAGAAAAAAAACAUCUUAUUGUUGUGAUUAAUGAAAAACUGAUGUCCAACCACCAGCUUGAACUAGCUAAGCAGUUGCGUGAAGAUGGGCAUUUAUAUUACUGCACAUGCAGUACCCUAGGGAACAUGCUAAAGUCAAUGGAUCUUUCAUCUCUGAAGAUUUUCCCCCCAGGCCGACCAGAAAAGUUUGCAGAAUUUUUAGAUAAAGCGGUGGGGUUUACAUAACAGUUCAUAAGUGAAAGAAAACAUUUUUGGUACUAUUUCCUGUGGGAAUACAUAAACACAUUUAUGAUGUAAACACAUCCA